AUGGAAUUGUUACCAGAUCAAGCAGAAAAGCUUAGGCAGUUUCAGGAAGUAACAAAUGUAGCAGAACGGGAUCUAGCUGCCGCCAGACUAGAAUCCGUAGGAUGGAACUUGGAACAAGCGAUUGAAUCUUAUCUUUGCGGUGAUGGAAUUGUAGGAGACGAUGUUGAAGUGCUGCCCCCACCUGCCAAAAAUCAUCGUCGUGAAGUGUCGUAA